AUGGAAGAGUACAAUAUAACAACAUUGGAUGUUAUUCGAGAGUAUACUCGACAAGAUGGAGAAAAAUAUGCAUUUCCGGAUGCUUCAAAUUCAAUAUUUGACUACAAUGAAAAUUGGAUCGUGCAAGUUCGAGCACGAGAUGAAGGUCCAACUAUUAAUGCGUAUUUUGUUAAAAUGGAUUUGAAUCUUGUUGGUAAGAAAGAAGAUAUUGUUGUUGAAUUUCAUCUAUUACCCAAUGUUCAUUGGCUCUGUACGAUGACUUAUGAUAUGAAGACGAAACGCGUGCUUGCUACAUGGCAAUAUGGAUCGAUCAAUAAUAAUCUUGUCAUGCUCUAUAUGGAUCCUUAUACAAGCGAGUUCAGUAAUGUGAACCUUCUUUUUGAGACGCCUGACUUAUGGACAGUAGAAUUCAUCAAAGCCAUUUUUGAUGAACGAACUCGUCAAAUAUUAUUCUUGAUCCAACAUCAAAGUGAAGAAACAUUUCACGUCAAAAAUUGGAUGAUGUUCGUCGAAUUUGACACUAUGAAUGUGACUGGAAAGAAACAAGUUAAAACAAUACCUGAAAUGGCCGAUUGGGAAUAUUUUAUUCUGCAAUGA